GCGCACUGACCGCCACUCCCCCCAUGAACUUCACGAGAGCGGAGUAGUGUGAAUUCACAGCUGCACUGCAGACUCAGUUCUUUGUUUAUUAUUAGUUCUUCUGUGGAUUUUUUGAUCAAAUCAAAAGCAAGGAGUUAUUUUUGUUUUGGUGCCAAAUGCUGAAUAUUAAGGCUUUUUAACUAAACAAGAAGAUGACUGGUGUUUUGAGGAUUAUUCUCAUGUACUGUCUGAUCCAAGGGAGCAGAUGCCAAACCUUCUCCAUCUCCCUGGAGGAGACUCUUGAUGCUCUGAGUGGGUCGUGUGUGGUCGUCUCCUGUACUUUCACAGUCGCCCGGCGCUAUGAAGAUGAUCUAGACACUUCCUGCAAGGCCAUUUGGAAAGUAGGCAAGACUACUGUGUUUGAUUCCAGUGAAAACAGCAACCUCCUGGAUGGGCACCUGGAGGGAAACUUAGUGGAGAAAAACUGCACCACCAUCUUCAACAACCUUCAAUGGACUCACAGUGACAGAUACAGAAUGAGGAUUGAGUGUGACGGUUUGGCGUACAACUUUGCAAAGAGAGUCGCUAUCAACGUUCAAGAAUCCCUGCCGAGCCCCUCCAUUACCCAGCCCACCCUGGUGGUCGUGGAGGGGGCAGAGCUCCAGCUCAGCUGCUCUGCCCCUGCCCCUUGUCCCAUCAGCCCACCAGUUCUCACCUGGUCACCAGUUUUGGGAGAAACACAACAAGUCAGCAUGACCUCCCUCAUGACCUUUAAGGCCUCCUACAUCCAUAAUGGGCUCAGAGUCGCCUGCCUCGCGCAGUACGUCCGACAAGGCAACAGCGACUUCUACUCUCAGAGCAACGCUCUCAUCACUGUAUUUUUCUCUCCACGACAACCGAACAUCACCUACAGCGGUCCGGUGACGGAGGGCAGCCGGGUGACGCUGACCUGCGACACCACUGCGAAUCCAUCUCCUGAUUACAUCUGGUACCAAGAGGUCGACCAUAGUCUGGUUCCACUCGGACGCUGGCGGCGGCUUUCAGUUACGGCAACGGAGCAGAACAACCGUUUCCACUGCGAGGUGAAAAACUACUACGGACUCAGCUCUUCUGCGGCUGCCAUUGACGUUCGUUUUCCACCGAAGGAUCUCGCCGUGACAGUGAAUGUCUCCGGUCCGAUUGUAGAAGGACAGUCAGUGGUUCUGACCUGCAGCAGUCGAGCGAACCCUCCAGUGAGCAGCUACACUUGGUACCAGGAUGAUGUGGAGAUGACCGAGCACAACGUGACCUUUUCCGUGGACACGGUCGAGCUCAGACACGGUGGCCACUACAAGUGUGAAGCCAUGAAUGACAUUGGGCGGGGAACUUCCCCGGCCCUUCUUCUGGACGUGCAGUACGCUCCCAAAAACACCUCUGUUUCCGUCGACCCUCCUGCUCCCGUGUCAGAUGGCAGCUCCGUGACUCUGACCUGCACCAGCCGAGCCAAUCCAGCACAAGUCAACGUCACCUGGUACCGAGUGGUGGGCUCUGGGAAACAGGCUUUGGGUUCUGGAGAGGCGUUGACCUUCAACGCCACCAAGCUCUCUCAGGAGCUGUAUUUUUGUGAGGCGGAAAACAUCCACGGGACGGAAAGCUCAGAGGUCAUCCACAUAGAGGUCACGUUUGCUGCUAAAAUCCUGCCUUCCUCCCGCUGCGUAAAGAUUCAGAGCCACUGGCGGUGCAACUGCGACAGCCAUGGAAAUCCACCUCCCGAAAUAAGAUGGGAGUUGCCCUCUGUCAGCUUGGACAAUCAAACCUUUGACACAUCAGAUGACAAAAUGAUCCUCGGGAGUUUCGCCCGGAGGAGCCUUGUCAUGCUUUCUCUCCUGAACCAAGAGAAGCCCUAUGUUGUGUGUGUCAGCACGAACCUGCUGGGCAGCGAUACUUUGGUCUUCAACAUCUCCUCCAGUGACCCUCAGCAAGGGCUCAGUCCUGUGCCUCUCCUGGUUGGACUCUUAGUCGGAGCGCUGUCAGUCGUUCUGCUGUGCAUCCCACUGCUGUACUUCCUCUUUAGUGGCAGGAAAGGCUACCCUCCGUCAGACACUUCACUGGUAAACACCUCAGACUAUCUCGGCACAAGCGAAAGCAACUCAGAAAUCAGCACAAUCUACGCCAACAAGGACAUGAUAGAGAAGGAAGAGCGGUCGGCCGAGGAGCAGCUUCACUACGCCAGAGUGGACUUCACCAAACUGCGGGCGCACUCCGACGGACAGCAGGGCGAAGGUCAGAUCCGAGGUCUGUCCUCGAAGACGGCGGAGUACGCAGAGAUCCGGCUGUAUUCCAGGGAAAGGGAUCAAGAUGAAGCCACAGUGACAGAGACGGCGUUCAGCGACGAAGUCGACAGCUGAGUCUGAGCGGGAUUUCUUUGGAGAAGACUUCCACAUAAUCUGCCGCGUGAACAAGGGAGGAUCAUUGGAUGGAUCUGACUUCAGGAAGAGAAUAAUCGAAGUGUGCUUCAUCUACUCCUCUGCUGCAUGCCGAGGCAGGCGCCAUCAGAAGGGCAGAAUCUAAAACGUGGCCUGGAUCAGGGGCCAAACUGGAAGUAUGAUGCCACAACUGGAUGUGAUAUCACUUUCCAGUUCAAUUGUUGGAGGCAAUAUCUCUAUUAUAUCUAUGUGCUACAGUCAUCAUGAGGACUGUUGGAAGAAGCUAGAGUAUGCCAAAACAAGAGGAAUGCCAAAACAAGGAACAGUAGGACCAAAAUCUUCCCGAAUCCAGGGUCGAACUGGAGACCUUCUUGCUGCGAGGCUUCAGGACUCUUUAAAGUCAUAUAUUAAUCCUCCCCCCAUGUUUAUGGACUGUGGACAAGUAAAGCAUAUCUAAUCUAAACCUAUUGGAAGGUUACUGAAUCAAAUGAUGGACCCAUAAUACAUUUAAACAACAAAAUAUUGGUUAUUUUGCAUCAGUUUCACAAUAGAACAAUAAAUCACGAUGGUGGCUAUAUUCAAGUUUUUAUAUCAGCUUAUUGAAACUAAAGCGCUUUUCAUAUCUUGAAAAUAUUUGUAAAAGAAUUUAAAUGUUAUAAGAAUUUCAAGUCCAUUCAGAGUAGUGGAAACCCUGGCCAUUGCGUAGCGAAAAACAUCCCUGAACCAAAGCAAACAGAUGCCUUUGUUUGCUUUUGUUCAGGGAUUCCUCCAUGUUUGUUGUUGUUGUUAUCAUCCUAGCUGCCACGUGUCUUGUGCAUCAGUGUGAUCAGUGGACCAGGAACUGCUGCACUGACAAAGGUUCCCUGUUGUCAGGAGAGCAAACUGUUCAAUUAAAUGAAAUGAAAUUAAAACGCUUAAAUGCGAUGAAAAUAUUUUAAACAGGUUAUUACUGUUAAUUAAUUAAUCACGAUUAACUUGUUAAAGUCCAAAUAAAAUACCAAAUAAAAUAUAAUACACAAAAAAUAAAAACUGGAAAAUAAUAAAUUACGAACACUGUGAAAGUAAAAAUUGUCCAGUAGCAUGCAAACACCUGCUUCAAAAAGUUUCCAUUCUCAUUCAUGUAUGAAAAAGUAUAUCAAUUUUCAGUGUAAUGCCAGUCCCUCCCGGGCUCAGGGGAAUUGAACCCUACACAUAGCUCAUUCUAAAAGUAAAAAGAGGAAGUCCUUCAAUAAAUAAUGUCGUUCACCAGAGAUUACAGAUGUGAACACCGAAGACAGUGAGGAAAAAUGGAAAGUAGCCUGUAGGAAGCGGCAGCGCUUUUAGCCUCAGUUCUUUAAAACUAUUAUCGCCUCCUGUUUCUGCUGGUUUUAAACUAUCUCCAUACAACGUGAAGCGCAAUGAAAGGCUUUAUUUCAGUCAGAAGCAAAGAUUUUACAUUGUAACACAGCCAAUAUUUGAAGUGUGCAGUUCAAUUCAGCAACAAAGAGAAGAAGAGUCAUCUUUAAACAAAGCUGAAAUUCAUUUCUUAUUAAUAUCUGUUACAGUUUUGGACAAAAAAAGACAGUUGCUGUAUGAUGUCAUAAAUGUAUGUGGAUGAAGAUUUUAUUUAUUCAUUUAAAAUUGUGUGCAUUCAGGUUUAUUAUUUAUCAUCUGUAAAAUGCAGUGCACGUAAGUGAAAGUUAAAUGGAAGUUAAUAACUUCCAAAGACUGAUGAAUUGAGACCAACAACUCUCCUUUUUCUUCUCAGAUUUUAACCAUAGAGUAGUCAGUAAUUUCCUCCUCACAGCGACUUGAUUCACAGAUUCUGCGGUUUGGACCUUUGUGUAUGAACUCCACACGGGAAUAGUUCACCUCUUCCUCUUCCUCUUCACUGUCUGUGUUGUGGUUUGGCUCAUUCGGGCGACGUGGUUUGGACACGACCGCAUACACAACAUCUUGUGCUGCCUGUCUGUUAGAAAACACAACUAUUUAAUUCUUUAUUCAGAGAUGAAAACGUCCAGGAAUGCUUACCUUUUGGUGAAGUGCACGGUGGCGUAGUGCACCGACGCCUCCUCUAGGGGCACAGAUCGCACUUGCUGUGGUCUUUCCUGUGAACGGAAGUCAUAAUAAGUGAUGUAUAUCCUCGGAAUUGGUAACUGUUUGAUGUACACUUAAGUUAUUGUACAGAAUGAAACAACUAAUAUGACUAGUAACUUCCUUUGCCAACAGUUAUGUCCUGUUGAGUGUUUAUUAUACUGCAAUGACUGUGUGAAACCACAGACUUACAGCUCCUUCUUUGUCCUUCCUCUUGUGCCUAUGGUUGAAAAGUAUGAUUGUUUAAACAGCAAAUGAAUACACGGUUUGUCAAUAUGAUUCCUUUUUUAAUACUUACUUCAAGAUGAGACAAGCUGCGAAUGGAAUGAGCAGAAGUGAAGCAGAAAUGGAGACAUACUUCAGGACUUUGAGAGAGGUUCCUGUAGUGAGACAGAAUCCGGUUCAAUAUGAUAAACUCACAUUUGUUUAUGUCUUCACUUCACCUUCUACAAACAGCUCCACUGGAUCGGAUCUUCUUUCACCUAGCUGAUUCAGGGCAGAGCAGUAGUAGAUCCCAGGCUUGUCAGAGGUCACACUGUGGUUCUGCUGAUCCGACACUUUGUCAUCUCCUCUGUCAUCCGUCGACUUCCUGUACCAGGAGUAUCGGUGGAUUGGUGGGUAGCUGCUGGAGCUGCAUGUCAGCAUCACUGAGCUCCUCUUGUCUGGCAACUGCAGCUCUUCAGCCUUCAGGACCUUCGUUUCUUUUGGAGCAUCUGAGGAGUGUGGCAUAGUUCUUUUUUAAAUAUUUAUGACAUGACUCUUUAUCAAUAAACAGUGUAUUUAUCUGUCAAAUUUUAUUUAUACGUCUAUUAAAGUGA